GCCAAAACAAGGAAGUCAAAAAAUGAACGUCUAGUCUUCAUGAAAGUUAGGUUUAUUUUUAACAAACUUAUUUCAAAACGCCUCGUAUAUUUUCGAAAUACUGUGGACCUUAAACUAAUGUUCACGUGAAAUGUUUAACUGCUUGUAGAGGUUAUGGGCGAAAAUUGUAAAGUUGAAACUAAAAGCUAUUUCUUUUGCAAUUUUUUUUGUAAAAAUGCAUCUGUGUUUUAUUUUUAUUUUUUUGUUGCCAUUUGGUCAUGCAACAUUGCCUCUUGUUAUUAACACAUGGCCAUUCGAGCAUGCUACAGUGGCAGGUAACUACAUUGUAUAAUUUUGUUUUUAUUGUUGCAAAGAAGUUAUCCAUUUCGAUACAUUGUAUCAUAUUUGUUUUAUUGUAGCAAAGAAGUUAUCCAUUUCGAUACAUUGUAUAAUUUGAUGAAGUUGUAAGAAAGACAUUCAUGAAGUUAGCUAGAUCUGUCCUGCCAGCCCAAGAGAUGAAUGUAUCCCUCUAAAAUAUUUCGAUUUUAUUUUCUGAGUUGAUGUGGACAAUCCAAGCUGUCGAAAUAUCACCAGUUGGCGUUCUAAUCCUUGGCAACUGGGGGGAUCAUUGACCAAAUGGUUCUUUGGCAGCCUAGGCCUAUUCCUUUGAGAUGGUCAUGCUAUCUGGCAUGAUUGGGACUGCACUGUCUGGCACUCUGACAAUGCAUGACCGAAAUCAUGUCUAAAUACUGGGGGAAAAGAAAAAUACUGGGUGCUUCUAGGUUCUGCCUCUACUACAUAUUUUGUGUGUUGGGUGGGAACCAACAUAUUAUUUUAUGUUCAAAUGAUGCUCUUGGGACCCAUUAAUAUUGAAUUGGCGAAUCAGGAGGCACAUCCAUUACUUUUUUAUCAAGUCUAUUUUUGUGUGUAAACCUAUUGCAGUCCUGCUACAUUCUGGGAAUAUUCUUACUAAGUCAAACACUCUUGUCUGUCGGUCUGUGACUAUCUCCCUCUCAAAGCGUGGAGUGCUCUGCAGGCUGGGGGCUCUGUGCUGGAUGCCGUAGAGAAAGGCUGUGCCCGCUGCGAGGCUGACCAGUGUGACGGCAGCGUGGGGUUUGGAGGGAGCCCAGAUGAGAGAGGAGAGAGCACCCUGGAUGCCAUGAUCAUGAACGGGCAAGUCUUACCCACUAACUAGGCAUCAGAGUAGGGCUUGGGGGUGUCUAAAAUCAGUUGCUCCCAUUUCAGUCAAUACAAGGUUCAAUGAAGUUAUAGUGGGACAUGGCAUUUCUUGGAAAUAUUAUUAGUAUUCUUCAUUUUAAAAAAAUCCUGGUUUUGUAUGGAUGCAGUAAUACAAUGGAGGUGGGUGCUGUAGGAGACCUGCGGAGAAUCAAGAAUGCCAUUGGGGUGGCCAGAGCCGUGAUGGAACACACCGACCACACACUACUGGUGGGCGAGUCAGGUAUUCAGGAUAGGCUUUUAUUUGCUAAGGGGACAGACGCAGCAAAAACAUUCUACUCUCUUUGCAUGUAACUCAUCACCUAUCUUUUAACAUACAGUAGCCUCCUACAGCUAACCAUUCUAUCAUAUACAGCUAUCAGUUAGUAGUACAUUGUAUUGCUGUUUGCUGCUAUUGACCCUACAUUGUUCUUAUUUUUUUAACCCCACCAUCAUGUUCAACACAGCAUCAGUGUUUGCUGAGAACAUGGGCUUCACUGCAGAAGACCUGACAACCAACAAAUCUAUCAGCAUUUUCACACAGUGGUUGAAGGACAACUGCCAACCCAAUUAUCGCAAGGUGCGUGUUUUCUACUCUAGCUUUGGUCUGUCAUUAUCUUGUAUGGAAGAUACAUGCAGGCUUCCAUAAUCAUAUUGAUUUGUACUGUUCUGAAAACAUUUAAGGAUAUCACCAUCAUGUUUGAAAAAGUAAUGAAUAAAAUGGACUUCCAUGUUAUGAAUAAUGCAUUAGGGGAUGUAUGAACGGGACUAUUGUUUAUCCCAACAUGCUGUUACCCUUGGCACAACCAAAGCCCUGUAGACAAUACAAUGCUUAUGCAUAUUGGGCUACCGGCUGCUUAAAUUACUAUUGAGCUGGGUAACCAUAGCCAAAAGAUUAAGAUGCUUAGGUAGUGUGCUGGUCGAAGUAGAAAAUAUCUUCAUUACAUUGGAAGCCUUCUCUUUGCUUUACUGCUACUGUAAGUCACAAUGGAUAAGAGCAUCUGCUAAAAGACAAAAAAUACAAUUUACAGAACUGUGGAUAUAAUCACAAACAACCUAAUUCGUGAUAUUCAUCUAUUGCUGCUGUGAUAGAACAGUCUUAACCCAAAUUUGUUGACUUUGACUAAUCUUUCCACUUUAAUAUCAAAAGAAUGUUUCCCCAGAUCCUUCAAAGUACUGUGGACCAUACAAACCUGGAGCCACAUUGAGGCAGAGGAGAAAACGACAGAUUGAUAUACAUGCACAUGACACUAUUGGUAGAGCUCAUUAAAUUCAUUCAUUGUUUUGUAGAAGUCUAUAGUCAGCUUUGAUCUUCAGAUCAGAAUUGUACAUUUAAUAUUGUGUUACUUUUCCUGACAUUAGGGAUGAUAGUAAUUGGUCAAGAUGGCCAAGUUGCAGCAGGAACAUCAACCAAUGGAGCGAACCAUAAAGUCCCAGGGUAUGCAUGUGUUGUUUAAAAAUAUGUAUAUAAUGAAUAUUGACAAUGAGGAUACCUGUACAUCUCCUUGUUCUGUCCUGUAGGCGUGUAGGGGACUCUCCCAUUGCUGGAGCGGGAUCCUACGCCGACAGUACUGCAGGGGGUGCGGCAGCAACGGGAGAUGGAGAUGUCAUGAUGCGCUUCCUACCUAGGUAUCCAUCCAGGCUUGUGGCACAGAGAUGGGGCUUGUUCGGAAGGAUGUAACGUUAAAGAGUGUUCCGAUAAUCAUAUUUUGCCUAUACCAUAUGUGUCUAUCAUAGAAAUAUAAUGAAUAGAGCUGACACUUCUAUCUGCAACACUCAGAACAUUUCACAUCACUGAAUUACACCCCAGAUAAGACUUACAUUUUUGCUUUGUCUACAUUUGGGUCGACUUUUUAGUCACAGUUGACAUUUAAAUAUUUGAAGGAUUAUCAAACGUCUUAUCAUAGCUAAACUUGCUUGAUGCCAGAGAACCAGAUACUAAUUAAAUGAGUUUCAUUUGUUGCCGAAUGCAGUUACCUGGCUGUGGAGCUAAUGAAGACAGGAACAGAUCCAUCCACUGCUUGUAAGACAUCCAUCUCCAGGAUCAAGAUACAUUACCCAGGGUUCUUUGGGGCUGUCAUCUGUGCCAAUAGAACAGGCCACUAUGGUGAGUUCUCUAGAUUCACCCAGUUAUGGUUACAAUUGCCAUAAGUGAGUCAAAUUUUGACUGAUAAAAACUAUGAUAAAUGUGAUGCUUACCUGUUUUUCUGUCUUCUUUCUAAAGGUGCUGCAUGCAACAAAGUUCCUGGCUUCUCCAAAUUUCCUUUUGUGGUGUACAACUCUCAGACCAAUUCUCCACUUUUACAAUCAGUUGACUGUUUUUAAAACCAUUCGAUGUUAAUUUGAGGUAAUGUGUACCCUAGUGCCACUAUCAAUUAUGUUAAUCAAUACUGAUUGUAUCAUGAGCCAUGUAUUCGAAUCUAAACUGUUUGAAUGUUUUCAUAAAUACAGAAAUAGUUUUUACUUAAACGUUCACAUUUGAUUAAUAAACUCAUAAUACAAAAAGCUGUGCAGUUCAUAACGUUUAAAAUUACUGAGCCAUGUUUUAUAUUGAAAGCGAUCAAUUAUUUAAUGACAGUGAUGGAUUUUAAUAUUAUAACUCAUGAUAACAAGAAUGAAGUUAUGAAGAAAAAAAUUAACAGUGAUACAUUGAGUAAUUAAAACAUUAUUCUACCCCAAAAUGGAUCAAUAUCAGUACAAAAAGCAGUGAUGGACAAAACAGUGAUUGUCUUUGUAUCUUGCCCCUUUCCUCUCAUCAGCAACCAGGAAGGAUGGAGAUUCCUGGACCAUUUUCUGCCCACUGGAAGAAAUCACACUGCUUGCCCUUUGGGAAACUGCAUACGUAAAAGUUGCGGCCGUUGUUUGGUCCUAGUUUGAGUACAGUCCUCAUCAGGCAGCGUUUUGCAUGGUUACAGAAUGGAAAGUGUGUAUCAGCCCACUAAGGAAAUAAGUGAGAAUACGGUCAUUCUGAGGCACCAGUUUUUCCUGGUCAGUCUAAUAGUCUUCUAUGUCUGUGAAUCAGGAGGAAAAUACAUAUUCCACAAACUAGCAAUGUCUUCAAAAUGUACUUCUUUAUGUUCGAACAAACACAGCCACAAUAUCUACCUACUAACGGACAUGUAGACCAAUUCCCCCAUAAUUCUUACCUCAAAGAAUUUGCAUUGUGUCUCCCUUGGGAGCGAGCAGGUGUAGAACUGUCUUCCUUUGUUGUCUCCCUGCUUGGUAACCACUCGGAGCACACUGGGCCUCCCAUGGGACACACAGCAAGGGUUGCUGGGAGGGGACUGGGUCUGUGUACCCCCAGUUGGCGCUUUGUUUUGAGGGGGGCUGACAGGCGGAGAAAAUGAUUACUGUUAGAUAAUUGGUAUGAAAUUCGCUGUCAAAUGAUCAGCUGUUAAUUGAACUGGAGUAUGUUUAAUUAUCUCUACACUUGAUAACAUCUUUGAAUUUUAAACCAUUCCGCAUGUAUUUGUUAGUAUUCAACUUCUUUCAAUCAAAAUACAGUAUAUUAACAGUUGUAGUGAACAUUUUAUUUAGCACCCUGACCUACAUUCUGGGCUCAUUGAGCAGAGCAACACGUACAGUAUGUUCAUUAAUCAACUAUUCUGUAAAGUACAGAGAGCAGGAUACUUUUCCAUCCCAGUUACCCACACAAAAGUCACAAACUACCUCGUUAUAAUGUUUUACUUACGAAUACCAAAGCACCCCAUUCACUC